UGAGGAUGUAGAAGAGCGGUGAUGCUCUGGUAGCCAGUCUUGUGCAGACCCUCAACAACAUACGGAGGAUUAAUCGUUCAGCAUCCUUUCAUGAGCACAGGUGCCAAUCAUUGUGUAAACGUGGCAAAAGUGCUUUUCUCUGAGCUAGAAAAUAUACAUAAUGGAGGAUGUUUCUGUGCUGAUGCAAAACCCAAAGUGGAGACAAGAAGUUUCAACAACCAAUUUAAUUUUUUUCACAAUCUGAGCAAAGGUAAAAUAGAUCUGUAGUAAACAGAGAAGAUGUCUUCCUCUCCUGGCAUCAAGUCUCGGGAGCAUGUGGACAUGGUGUACAUCUCCAUUGAGACAGCUAUUGCCCUGGCCUCUGUGCUGGGGAAUGUGCUGGUGGUGGUGGUAGUGUGUGUGAACCGGGCUCUCCGCAAUACCACCUUCUGCUUCAUCGUGUCUCUGGCCGUGGCUGACAUCGCUGUGGGAGUCUUGGUCAUCCCUCUGGCUAUUAUCAUCAGUCUGGGAUUUAGCACUCAGUUCUACACCUGCCUCUUCCUCUCCUGCCUUCUGCUGAUCAUCACCCAGAGCUCCAUCCUUUCCCUGCUGGCUAUCGCCAUUGACCGAUAUCUCAGAGUCAAGAUUCCCACCAGGUACUGCAUCAUUGUGACCCAGGGGAGGGCAUAUGUGGCAGUUUGUCUCUGUUGGAUCCUCUCCUUCCUCACUGGAUUGGUUCCAAUGAUUGGCUGGAAUAACCGUGAUGCCCAAGCAAACCACAGCAGUUCCAGCGAGAUCGUCUGCAAAUUCACCACUGUCAUAAGGAUGGACUACAUGGUGUACUUCAAUUUCUUUGGCUGGGUGGUGGUACCGCUGACCAUAAUGAUCGCUCUGUAUGCAGAGAUCUUUAGGGUGAUCCGGCGGCAGCUGAACCGACGCGCUGAGGCCACUUGUGAUGGGGACAGGUACUAUAGGAAGGAGCUGAAGCUGGCCAAAUCUCUGGCCUUGGUGGUCUUCCUCUUUGCUGUGUGUUGGCUGCCGAUACACAUUAUAAACUGCAUCGACUUCUUCUGCUCCAAGUGCUACUUACCAAAGUUUGCCACAUAUAUAGGGAUUUUCAUGUCCCAUGUGAACUCAGCCCUCAACCCAUUAGUUUAUGCAUUCAGGAUAAAGCGGUUCCGUGUCACGCUGGUCCAGAUCACUCGCCGCUGCAUGUUAUGUAAAUCCACAGAGCCCACCCCAUGCCCCACCAGUACGCCAGCCAUAACGGAGAAAGUGGAUGCCAACUUGUAACAGGGACUGGAGCACUUCUGGGUGCACUGCUUACAGUGCAGUGAUGAGACUCACAGGAUAACGUGGUAUUUGGAAUAUGAGCCAAUCAAUACAGACAACAAAGCCCUUGGACGCAUUUCUUUGAGUCAAACCUUAAGAAAAUGAACCUGCACUGAGAAAAAAAAAAUAUCCCCAUCAUUCUGCAUAAUUUUGUUUUCACUAAAUGCUUUCAGAAUUGAUUCAUAUUGAAUUAUAAAAUA